AUGACGUGGUUACCAUCACCAAGCAAAUCACUUAAAGGUGUUUUCCUAUUUUGGUCACCUCUCAAUAUGAACAGAUACUUUGUGUUGGAGAGAAAUGUUAUUUAUACAAUACAUCCAGCUGUUAUGUUACACCAACAACAACAACAAUCACAUUAUCAACAACUAAAGUUACAACAACAAUCACAUCAUCAUCAUCAUGGUCAAAGCCAAUCAUCAUCAUCAGCGCCUCCACCUCCACCACCACCAUCAAUGCCUAAAAUAAUAGAAUUACUGUCAUUAUUUUCACAUGUAGAUAAAAAAGAAACCUAUAGAAUCAAAUCAAGAUUGAAUGUAUUUGUACCUGAACAAAUUGCAACAUCAAACAAUCUACAAGACAUUGAAAAUAAUUGGGAUCACUUGGAAUCCGAAUUAUAUCCAGCAUUGAAAAAAAUGGAAUCGAGCACCGAUAAACAACAGGCACUUGUAGCAUACCUAAAACGUAAACAACAUUUUAAAAACUUUAUACCUCAACCUUCUUCCACUUCCACUUCAUCUAGUUAA